GGUGAAAAAAAAAACCCAAAUAAUAAAGCUUCAUUGAGAAUCUGAGUCAACUCAACCCUAAAAUCAAAUCCCUAAGCCCUUUUUCUCUCUCCUCCCCAACGGGUUGUUCUCCAUUCUCAGCUUCCAUCAAUUUUUCACGUUCUCCCUCAGUCCUCUCCCAAGCACCGUAGCCUCCUCCACCUCCUCCUGCUUCUCAGUCAUCGUCUUCUUCCUCUCGCAACAACCAGCGGCGGCGCCGGCCAGAGCACAAAGAAUCAUUGGUGGUGGUCGGUCGCCUCCUCAGGGGGAUGGCAACAGGGGAACGUGCUGAAUCAUCAAAUGUAAAGGCUGAGCUAUGCCAAACACUUGAAAUUUGGAAGCAGGAAAUGGAAGAACAGGGAUCCCAAGUGGAUUUGUUGCAGUCGAAAUUUAUGGAUGUGAAAGCAAAUGUGAAAGAGUCUGAAGAAGAGUCAAAAAAAGAGUUGGAUGUUCUUUGGCAUAGAGUUAAAACAACUACAACAUUGUUAACGUACUUGAAAUAUAAAGCAAGGAUUAUGGCUGUUCCUCAUUUAGCCCAAACGUAUUGUGGUAUUGAACAAUUAGAAGGGGUAGGGCUAGUUGACAAAAAUGGUACGCCCUUGUCAGAUUGGUCUAAAGACGUUGAUGCUUCUUCCUUCAAUUGUCUAGAUGACGAAACUUGCACUGAAAUAGGUCAGCUUUAUGGUUCUCUGGAUGUCCAAGAUGAAGCUUAUAUUAGUGAUAUGCUUAAAUCAGUGAAGAUGGUCGCAAAGGUGAUGGAAUACCUUGUUGAAAGAGUGCUAUUGGCAGAAUCUGAAGCUGCAAUUGAGAAGGAUAAGGUAACCUCGGGUCAGGAAGAAAUUGAGAGAAAGUCUGUUCAAAUUGAGGAAAUGUCCUUAAAGUUAGAGGAGAUGAAAAUGUUUGCUCUUGGUACAAAUAGUAUUCUAAAUGAAAUGAGGCAGAGUAUAGAUGAUUUGGUUGAAGAAACCUCUAGACAGAGGCAACGAGCUUCAGAAAACGAACAGGAACUUUGUCGUGUGAAGCGAGAAUUCGAAUCUCUAAAAUCAUAUGUUAGCACUCUCAUUACUGUACGAGAAACACUCGUUUCAUCAGAGAAGCAGUUUCAAACAAUUGAGAAGCUAUUUGAACGAUUAGUUGUGAAAACAACACAGUUAGAGGGUGAGAAAGUACAGAAAGAGGUAGAAGUUCAGAAGCUUAUGGAAGAGAACGAUAGACUAACAGCUCUUCUUGACAAGAAAGAGGCCCAACUUCUGGCAAUGAAUGAACAAUGUAAGGUGAUGGCCUUGAGCGGUUCGAACAUCUAAUUUUGAGGGUCUUGUAUUUGUUCGUCUACCUCCGCUACAACGGGGUGAUUCUCUUUAACAAGUUCAUUGGAUACAAGUCAAACAAGUCCUGUGUUCAGGUUGCGCUACUCCGGUCUGGAAACCGAGCUUUAUUUUUAUUCCUUGUUUCUUUCUCUUUUUACUUAAAAGUUGUGAAUAUGAUCAUGUAUUUAUCAUCAAGUGUAUGCUGCUGCUGUUGCUGCUGCAAAAUCGAUUCGGAAAGGAAUAUAUAUGUUGGAACAAAUGAAGCUUUUCGUGUGUUAAUGAAUUUUAAAAAAGUUUACUUUUUUUUUU